GUCCCGUCCCGCCCGCGGCGGGGAGAUGGCGGCGGCGGGCGCCGAGGAGCGCUGGGGCGCGGCGGGCCCCGAGCGCGGCCCCGGGCCAGGGCCCGGCCCGCUGGGCUCGCUGCUGAGCCGGCUGCCGCUGGCCCCGUCCCCGCGGCGGCGGACCGCCAGCCAGUGCCAGCCCGAGCCGCCGCUGCUGCGCACCAGCAAGCGGACCAUCUACACGGCCGGGCGGCCGCCCUGGUACAGCGAGACCGGCGCGCCCGUGGACGAGGCCUUCGUCAUCGGCCUGUGCGGCGGCAGCGCCUCGGGCAAGACGACGGUGGCGACGCGGAUCAUCGAGGCACUGGACGUGCCCUGGGUCGUGCUGCUCUCCAUGGACUCCUUCUACAAGGUGCUGGACGAGGGGCAGCAGGCGCUGGCGGCCCGCAGCGACUACAACUUCGACCACCCCGAUGCCUUUGACUUCGAGCUGCUUGUCAGCGUCCUCCGCAAGCUCAAGAAGGGCAAGAGCGUGAAGGUGCCGGUCUACGACUUCACGACGCACAGCCGCCGCCGCGAGUGGAAAACGGUGUACGGGGCCAACGUCAUCGUGUUCGAAGGCAUACUGGCUUUUGCGAACAAGGAGUUGCUGAAGCUCCUGGACAUGAAAGUGUUUGUGGACACGGACUCUGACAUCCGUCUGGUGCGGCGGCUGCAACGCGACAUCAUGGAACGUGGGCGCGACAUCGUGGGUGUCAUCAAGCAAUACAACAAGUUCGUGAAGCCCGCCUUCGAGCAGUACAUCGAGCCCACCGUGCAGGUCGCCGACAUCGUGGUGCCCAGGGGUGGGGAGAACUUUGUGGCCCUGGACCUCAUUGUGCAGCACGUGCACAGCCAGCUGGAGAAGCGCGAGAUCACUGUCAGGGCAGCUCUGGCCUCUGCCCACCAAGGGCAGCCCCUGCCGAAGACGCUGAGCGUCCUGGAGAACACGCCGCAGGUGCGGGGCAUGCACACCAUCAUCAGGAACAAGGACACGACCAGGGACGAAUUCAUCUUCUACUCCAAGCGCCUGAUGAGGCUGUUGAUCGAACAUGCCCUCUCCUUCCUGCCGCUGAAGUCGGUCACGGUGGAGACGCCGCAGGGGACAAUGUACGAAGGGAAGCGGUUCCACAGGCAGAGGAUCACCGGUGUGUCCAUCCUGCGGGCAGGGGAGACCAUGGAGCAGGCCCUCACCGCGGUCUGCAAGGACAUCCGCCUGGGCAAGAUCCUCAUCCAGACCAACCACGACACAGGGGAGCCCGAGCUCCACUACCUGCGCCUUCCCAAGGAGAUCAGCGAGGACUACGUCAUCCUCAUGGACAGCACUGUGUCCACCGGAGCCGCGGCCAUGAUGGCCGUGCGGGUGCUGCUGGACCAUGACGUGCAGGAGGACAGGAUCUUCCUGCUGUCGCUGCUGAUGGCAGAGAUGGGGGUGCACUCCGUGGCCUACGCCUUCCCCCGUGUCCGCAUCAUCACCACCGCCGUGGACAAGCGGAUCAAUGAGGAGUUCCACAUCAUCCCGGGCAUCGGUAACUUCGGGGACAGAUACUUCGGCACCGAUGGCCCCUCCACCUGGUGUGAGAGCGACGGCAUGGACUGCUGAGCUGGCUGGCCACUGGGCCACCAGCCGGGCUGGCCACGGGGCCGGACCCCCACCUCCGCCCCCAGGAGGGGCUCCGAGCUGCCAGCUUCUGACCCCCUCCCCGCAGGAUGAGCUCCCCCCUGCCAGCCUGUAAUGCCCCCCGGCAGGAGCAGCCCCUCGCAGGUCCAUCCUCCCCAAGGAGGAGGAGGAGGAGGGAGCGAUGGCGUCUCCUGCAACCUGGGGGGCGAAGGGGGGUUCCUCCCCAGGGCCCCUCUCUGUGCCCCAGGCCAGCUGUGCAUGUGGGAGGGGCCCUGGGGGGACGGUCACCCCCUUCCUGGGGAGGGGGAAUGGGGUCCUGUCCCCUCGGGGCUUCCUCCGGGCCUGGCCGGGCGCUGGGCAGGCUCCUUGCUGGAAUCUGUAUUUAUUUGUAUUUAUUUUGAGGAGCUGCCCCCCCCGCCCCCCGGCUCUCCUGUGUGGCAGGCCAGCUACUUGAAAACCAUCAGGGAUUGGGGAUGUCCCCAAGGAACCACCUUGUCCGUCCCCCCCCCCCGAUCACACACUCCAUCCCUGGCUGGCCCCGGCUGGCCGGUGGCACUGGGGGGAGCAGGGGCUGCCUUUGGCCCCCCCUCCAGACGGGGGGGUUUGACAUUCAAACGCUCCCCCACCGCCAUCCCGGCCCCUGGGCAGCCGGGGUACCAUCCCUGGGGGGGGGGACACAAUCCCUGGGGACCAUCAUUAGGGGACCACCCCUGGGGGGAGCCAUCCCCCAUGGACAACCCCUGGGGACCAUCCCUGGGGGGGACAACCCCUGGGGCCCACCCUGGUGCCCCGAGGGUGGCCGGAGCCCUGGCCUGCCCGGCCCCUGCUGCCCUCCUUGCUCAGGUUCUUUGCCCCCCCCGAGGCAGCGGGGGUGGCUGUCGGGGGUCCGGGGCCCGGCUGCCCCCCCCUUCCAUGGCUAAAGAGGCUCCGCUGUGCCCCAGCCCCGGGCCUGCCCCCCCCCCGCUGCCCCCAGCGCCUUCGUUUUGUACCCCAAUAAAGGAGCAGCGUGACC